AUGGAACCAAUUUCUUGUGCUCUUAUCGCAGCAGCAGCUACAUUUAGUACUGGAGCUUUGUUCCAUGAAGCUCAAUCGAAUUUAAUUUAUCCCAUAAAACAUAGGAGUGAAGCUCGUCAUUAUGUAGCUCCUCUGUUUUCGGAAGACGGAGUUCCAUUUUGUGAGGCUACGCUAGAAACAGAAGACAAUGUUAAAAUUCGAACAUAUGUUUGUAAACCUCGUGUUGAAAAAGAAGCUAAAAAAAGGCCAACAGUAUUAAUUUUACAUGGAAAUCGCGGAAAUAUUGGUUGUCAAUCUAAAAUUGUAUCUAAAUUUUACCAUGAAAUUAAAUGCAAUGUUGUUUUACCUUCUUACAGAGGAUAUGAUCGUAGCGAAGGUAAACCUACCGAACAAGGCAUCAAGAAUGACGCUCAGAACACGAAAUUGAUCGUUUAUGGACGGUCGUUGGGAGGUGCAGUGGCUAUUGAUCUUGUAGCAAAGAACGAAGACAUGAUUGAUGCCUUGAUAAUAGAAAAUACAUUUCUUAGUAUUCCUAAACUUUUUUCGAAGAAUUUUUAUCUAUUUCCUCUUUCUCCUUUCUUUACCCAAACCUGGUCAUCGGAAUGGUCAAUAGGUGAAAUUAAAGCAACACCAAUAUUAUUUCUUGCAAGUGGUAGCGAUACAAUAGUACCUCAAGAUCAUAUGAAAUCUUUAUAUGAUUUAGCUAAAACAACUGCAGAUAAAGAAUGGGUAGAAUUUCCUAAUGGUAAACAUAGAGAUAUUGUUAACCAACCUGUAAUUGUUUUUACUAAUUUAUUCUUUUCUAUAAAGGCUUUAAAAGAACUCAGAUUUGCAGUUAAUUUCUAG